ACUGUGACAUUCAUUUUCUCAUUGCAUUAAACGAAACAAAGAAAAUGAUUGCCACACCCGAGCCCGACCAUGACCGGAAAACCGAGUUAAUGGCCAUCGACCAAUCAAAAUCCGGCAUCAAAGGACUCGUCGACGCGGGCUUAGCAAAGCUCCCACGUGUUUUCGUGCACGAUCACUUGAACCUUAAUAUCAAAUCAGGACCUGCCCCCGACAAUGUUAACAUCCCGGUCAUUGACUUUGCCGGUGUCAACACCGAUUCCACUCGACGGGCUAUGAUAAUUGAUGAAAUCCGUAACGCCUGCAUGAAAUGGGGAUUCUUUCAAGUUGUUAACCAUGGAAUCCCUGUUAUCACCUUGGAAGAGAUGAUCAAUGGGAUCCGUAGGUUCCAUGAACAAGAACCUGAAGCCAAAGAGAAGCUUUAUUCUAGAGAUGAAUCCAAGAAGGUUACGUUCAAUACUAAGAUUGAUAUGUCUCAAACUAUGGCUGCUUAUUGGAGGGAUACCCUUACUUGUGUUAUGGCCCCUAAUCCGCCUGCUACUCAAGAGCUACCUGGAACUUGCAGGGAUAUAAUGCUUGAUUACACGAACAAUGUGAUGAACUUGGGGACUACACUCUUCGAAUUGAUAUCAGAAGCUCUAGGGCUAAACCCAAAGCACCUCAAGGACAUUGGUUGCACCGAGGGACUGUAUGUUAUGGGCCAUUAUUCUCCGGCAUGCCCUGAACCAGAACUCACAAUGGGCACCGGCGUCCACACAGACAGUGGUUUCCUCACCGUGCUCCUCCAAGACCAAAUUGGUGGCCUCCAAGUCCUACAUGAUAAUCGAUGGAUUGAUGUUACCCCAAUUCCCGGAGCUCUUAUAAUAAACCUUGGAGAUCUGUUACAACUAAUUUCAAACGACAAGUUCAUCAGCGUGUACCAUAGGGUAGUAGCAAGAAACAUUGGACCUCGAAUAUCAAUUGCUAGCUUUUUCAGAACAUAUAUUGAACCACAAAAUGCAUUAAGAAGGUAUGGACCGAUCAAGGAACUGUUGUCUGAAAACAACCCACAAAUUUACAAGGAAACCAAUGUGGUGGAUUAUUUCAAAUUCAAGCACCUUAAAGGUGUUGAAGGGACCUCUGCUCUUGCACAUUUCAAGCUCUUUUAAAUCU